AUGACUUCACUGGACACAAAUCUAGCAGAUUUGAGCUUGAAAACCUCACAACUCUUAGCGAACUGCCUGUCAUCUGGAGAUCUAUGGUUAAAAAUUGUCGAUACUAAGAGAAACAGCAUAUAUUACAUGAGUGAAGAUGAAGUGGAAAGAAUCAGUCGGGAGGCAAAUCCUGGCGAAUCAGUGCUGAGAGCUUGGGGCAACCGCGGGCAAUCGGUGAAGGACUUGUUAGUACGACUUCAGGCUCUUUCGAAGCAUCAUGGACCUGCAAUGGAUCAGGCACAGCUUAUCCUUUCAAGGAAGUUCAGUGAGUGUGGUUCUAACAUUGUCAUUACCCAAGUGCCAUAG